GCGCAGGCUGGAGCCUGACAGUUUCUAAUUUCAGCCUGCUGCUCUCGCUUCACUGCACUGCUUUUGUUGUGGUGCUCGGGCCUGUUGAGAAAGCAAGAGGGACGUCUACGGCAGGAACAACAUUACAGGCGACACAACUUUGUAAAUACGAGCGAGAGAGAGAGAGAGAGAGAGAGAGGGACCAUGGUGCUCUCCGGCGGUUCGUAUCAUCUGUUGGCUGGUGUCAGAGCUUUCCUGGAUCAAGGGCAGGACAUUCUCUAAACCUAAUCAUGCAUUACACACCGAUGAAAAGAACAGGCUUGGAAGAGUGGACCCGAUUGUCAGAUUUGAACCGUGUUCCGUAACCUCUCCGUAACGGCGGAACGAAAACGUCGUUAAUCCGAUCCGACUGCUUUACAUUAAAGAAUGAUCGAGGAAGCUCAACGUAGCAGCAGCACCAUGGCAGACAGAAGACAACUGUUUGCUGAGAUGCGAGCUCUACAGUUGGAUUCCAUCAGACUUUCCACUUACAGAACUGCGUGCAAGCUCCGAUUCAUUCAGAAGAGGUGCAAUUUGCACCUAGUGGACAUCUGGAAUGUCAUCGAAGCCUUCCGGGAGAACGGCCUUAACACCAUGGACCUCAACACGGAGUUCUCAGUGGCUCGACUCGAAGCAAUACUGUCCACGAUCUUCUUGCAGCUGAACAAGCGUAUGCCCACUACACACCAGAUCAGUGUGGAGCAAUCCGUGUUACUUCUGCUCAACUUCUUGCUGGCGGCAUAUGACCCGGAAGGUCUAGGCAAGAUCUCGGUAUUUGUCGUGAAGAUGGCGCUUGCUACGUUAUGUGGAGGGAAGAUUCUGGACAAAUUAAGAUACAUUUUUUCUCAGAUAGCAGAUCCCACAGGUGUGAUGGUUUAUUCCCAGUUUGACCAGUUCUUGAAGGAGGUGCUCAAGCUUCCCGUUACUGUUUUUGAAGGACCGUCUUUUAGCUAUGCCGAGCAGACCGCACGGACUUGCUUUGCACAACAAAAGCAGGUUUCUCUGAAUGUGUUCCUGGACACCUUCAUGUCCGAUCCUCCGCCACAGUGUCUUGUAUGGUUGCCGCUUAUGCAUCGGCUGGCUAACGUGGAGAACGUCUUCCACCCCGUUGAGUGCUCCUACUGCCAUAGCCAAAGCAUGAUGGGAUUUCGCUAUCGGUGCCAACAAUGCCAUAAUUACCAGCUCUGUCAGGAGUGCUUCUGGAAGGGCCUUGCCUCCGGCUCCCAUAGCAACCAGCACCAGAUGAAGGAAUACACGUCAUGGAAAUCUCCUGCUAAGAAGUUAUCGAACGCUCUUAGUAAGUCUCUGAGCUGUGCCUCUAACCGGGAGCAACUCCAUCCCGUGUUCUCCGACGUUCCUGAGAAACCUCUCAACCUUGCUCACGUGGUUGACACUUGGCCUCCGAGGCCAGCGAACAGUGGGAACGAGUACACGCUGUCCCACACCAUGCCUUCGACCAACAAGCCCUUCAGAGUAGCCGGGAACGAGGACGUUAAACAGAGGAUACUCCUGACUAGGGAUACCCCAGACCUACUGAAAGGGAAAGGGGUUCAGUACAGCCUUGAUAUUGCGGACAGACUCGCAGACGAACAUGUUCUCAUCGGGUUAUAUGUGAACCUCCUCCAAAAGAACCGCACCGGUUUGCUGGAAAGCAGGACUAAUAACCAGGAUGAUGAGCACUACCUCAUUGCCCGCUAUGCUUCCCGGUUGGCUGCCGACAGAACAUCAGUGCAAGCCAGAGUGCCGACUGACCUGUCUCUCUCUCUGGACACGAACAAACAACAGAGGCAACUCAUCGCUGAACUGGAAAGCAAGAACAAGGAAAUCUUGCAGGAGAUUCAGCGGUUAAGACAGCAGCAUGAUGAAGCAUCUGAACCUCUAGCUGACAAAAGCCAGCAAAACCCUACACUGCUCGCUGAGCUUCGCCUUCUUAGGCAGAGGAAGGAAGAACUGGAGGACAGGAUGUCGGCUCUUCAAGAGAGCCGUAGAGAACUGAUGGUGCAGCUGGAACAGCUCAUGUUACUGUUAAAGGAGGAAGAACGGAAGCAGAAUCAGGGUCCAGGCUCCUCCUCUCGCUCCUCCCCGAGCCACACAGCCAGCAGCUCCAUCCCCAUGCCUGUACCGGCAACUUCCGGCAACACGACACCCAGUCAGACGCCUCAGGACUCGCUCAUGGGGCUUGGAGGAGACGUCAUACAGGCUUUUUCUCAGAGUUCAAGACGUAACUUAAGAAACGACCUGCUCGUGGCUGCGGACUCCAUCACCAGCACCAUGUCCUCGCUGGUUAAAGAGCUUCACUCGGAAGCAGGAAGCGAGCGCGACAGUAACGUUGACGGAGAAGCCGACGGACUCGAGUCACGGAUGUUAGAUGAGGACCUAGAAGGAGAGGGAGGCUACGAGAAGGAGUUGGAACGGCGUCUGGAGAGAGAACUCCGGAUGGACGAGAAAACCCCUGCUGGAGAAAGUCUACACGGCAGAGGAAUCGCGCAGUACUGACGGGCCGAGCGCUCGACGACGCAAACGAAUCUACUGAGCAUUAACACCACCUUCUGUAAAUAUACAUGUCUUUUGUUUUUCGAAAUAUACAGAAUUGUGUUUUAGAGAAAAAAAAAAAAAUAUAUAUAUAUAUAUAUAUACUGUGAACUGACUCAGAGAUUAUGCAGAGCAGAUAUGUCAUAACACCAUCAGUGCCAUAAAAACGAAGACACACGGACGUUAUUUUACCGACAUUUCGCGUACUGUACCGUUUUCAGAAAGUGGCGGGAAAAUCAGGUUUAACAAAGCUGCUAUCUUUUAUAGCGUACGUCACACCUCGCGCUGACUCGCCCGCUAGCUUCGCUGUCUUUACGUCGCAUCGAUUUGAGAUUGGGAUCGUGUGGUUGUUCUUUUCUUUUGAUUUGAAUUCGAAGCAAAACUUCUGAAGGUAUAAAAUCAUGUGUAUAUAUAUAUAUAUAUAUAUAUAUAUAUAUAUAUAUAUAUAUAUAUAUAUAUAUAUAUAUAUACAUACACACACACACACACACACACACACAGUAAAAUUCCAAACGAAUACACUGCCUUAGCUUAGGUAAAUUAGGUUAACCCUCGAAGAAUUAUACUGGAUUAUUAGGAAUUCUUUGUUUUAUUUUUUUCAACAAAUGAUCGUUUCACACUGGUACGCUUCAUUUCCUGCGGAGUUAAGUAGGGCAACUCUUUUGAAGCGAAUUAAAAGCGACGAGAAGCUGACCCGCGUUCAGAAGUAUUCGAAUGCGAUAAAAUUCUUCCGUACGGUCCGAGUUAAAACACUGCGUCGAUUACCGUGUUCAUUAAUUAAGCGCUUACUCCUAAGCACACGUCUGAAGUCAUACGUUUGUUCGUGUACUAAACGAGUACGGUGUUUUCAUUUAAACAGGCUUUUUUUUUUUUUUUUAAUGUAUUUAAUUUUUUUUAAAGGGUCACGGUUCCAGCACGGCAGUUGUUUAUAAGUGUCGUUUAUAUAACUAUAUAUCCCACACCACUUGUACACACUUGAAAUAAUAGCCUGCCCACCAUUUUGAACUGGUCUGUUACACUUUGCAUGGUGCAAGUAAAAUAAAUAAAUAAAUGAAGGAAUGAAUAAAUAAAGAUAUUCUGUUGUAUUCGGA